AUGGUGAAGCCAGAGAGUAAGAAAGCUACAGAAGGCAAAAAGCAUAAGCCUGAAUGCCUUCCAGCAGGAAAAUACUACUGGCCUUAUCAGUUGCGAUAUGGAUACUGGAUACAACUGGACGGAGAUUUUUUGAAUUGGCUUGAAGAAGUCAAGUCAAAGUCAGAUGGAGCAGGUGUAAUUCUCAUAUUCCAUGAACCUAAGAAAAUGGUAUCUUACAUGCUCUUAGAAGCUCUUCAACGUCACCAUUUACUUGGAAAGUUUCAUGAAAUUGUUACGGUUUUAUCCAGAGUCUUACUAGAUCGCGAAGAACAAUUCGAUAAUGCAUCAAAUAGAGCAAAAAUUAUUUGGGAAAUAGCUCAACAUCUUGGUCAAGAAUUAGGUGAACUGAAAGAACUGCGCAAAGUAGCUGAAAGAAGUAGUUCAUUCCAGCCAAUAUUUAGUGCAACUAGCAAAAUGAAUUAUCGGGAUAUUCAGCGCAUAAAUGUUUUAAGAUCAAUAUUGGCUGAAGGCAAAUCUGAUUAUAAUACCAUAAAAAGUACAUAUGAAACAGAUGGAAAACAAGGCCUAAUUAAGGAAUUGGACAAAUUGCAAAUUACAAGGAAAGAUCAACAACAUGAUUUAUUAGAGAUAUUGGACUCACAUUUUGAUCCAAAACGUACUGCCACAUUCCCCAAUACAAAAACGCCAAAAAAAACUAAUAAUAGGAAAUUACAGAAGACUGUUAGCAGUGAUGAUAGUGGAGCUGUGUCUCUUGAUACAACUAGAACAACUUCUCCUUUAAAGAAUGCUGCAGAUAAAACAGAAUGGAAUGACAUGAACUUGCGAUGGAAUACCUCAGAGUACGGCGGCGUGCGCGACCUCCGCAUACCGCCGCACAGGCUGUGGAAGCCGGACGUGCUUAUGUACAACAG